AUGAACUCCUGUUACAAUUAUGUAAAAUCAUUCGAAAAUGAUGAUAUUCUACCUCCAUAUACUUGGCUCAUAAUCCGCGUAGACGGCAGACACUUUGGAAUGUUUUCCAAAUCACAUAAUUUCAGGAAACCAAAUGAACCAAAAGCUUUGGCUUUAGCAAAUAAAGCCGCUGAAGCGGUUUUUCGCGAGUUUUCAGAUAUAACUCUUGCUUAUGGACACUCGGAUGAGUAUAGUUUCUUGCUACGUGCAGACAGCAAAUUAUACAAUAGGAGAAGGGAAAAAAUAAUAACGGGCAUAGUGUCAAUUUUUACUUCAGCUUAUGUUUACAAUUGGCACAAAUAUUUCACAUGUACACUAAAAUAUCCACCAUCUUUUGACGGGAGAAUAGUUUCUUAUCCAUUGAUUGAACAUGUAAAGGACUACUUUAGGUGGCGCCAGGUUGAUUGCCAUGUGAAUAAUCAAUACAACAGUGCCUUCUGGUGUUUAGUAGCCCAAGGUAAAACGACGGACCAAGCAUACCAGAUCCUAAAGGGUACUGACAAAAACUUCAAAAAUGAUUUGCUCUUCAACACUUUCCAGUUGAACUAUAAUAACCUACCAAAUCUGUUCAAGAAGGGUUCAACACUCAUACGCAAGUCAACUAACCUGGAUAAUAAGGCCAUGGGCAGUGAGACAUCGUCUACCACGUUCUUGGACAAUAAAACUAUAGAAUCGCAGCAAGAAAUAGAUUUAAAGAUUGAAGAUUAUGAAAUAAACACACUAACCGAACUAAAUGCAAAUGUAGAACUUGUGACAGAUGAUAUAAUAAAUGAAGAAUUUUGGAAUGCCCAUUUCUGGGUAAUAGAUUCCACAGUUAAACCUCCCAAAUUGAUAAACAACCAAUAA